GAAUAUUAAUAAUAAGAGAUAGAUGAAAAAUUAUUAAUUAGAUGAUAAAUUAUUAAUUAAAUGUAUAAUUAAUUAAAUUUAAAUUCUGUUUCAUAAAAUCCGAAAUAGAUGUCAGAGUCGGAAGAAAAGGCUCAACUGGUCGACUAUGACAGCGACGGAAGUUUUGAGAAAACAUCAUCUGAUCUAGAGAAUGUUGGACAAAAUCCAAUUUUAAAAAUCAAAAUUGAGAAAAAUAUGGGUACCCUUCAUAGUCUGUCACAAUUCCGCAAGGGAUUAAUUCAUUCAACAGUUAAUGACAAUGCAGGACCAUCAAAAACAACUGAUGAGAAUAAAGAUGAACAAGAGUUACAGGUUAAGAUGAAUAAUUUCUCAACACCUGUCGAAUCAGACCAGUCGACAAAUAUAGAAGACGAUAAUAAUAAAAAUAAGAAUGAAAAUACCAAAGCCAAGAUUGUCAGCUGUGAGAAAAUGGUAAUGGUUGGUAGCAAAGAAUUUGGAGAUAUGAAGAUGCUGAUGGUCGAGUCCAACAAACAGACUCGCGAGAUGUCAGCAACACUCGGUAGAGCUGCGAAACGAUUAGAAGAAGUCACUCACGAACUAGUUAAAGCUCUUAAAAUGACGGUAGAUAGGCGUAGAGCAGAGCUAGAUCGGGAGAAGGCUAAAAUAGAAGCAACUAAGCUAGAAGCCGAGAAAAAGACCAACGACGGAGAAGAGACAAUUAAAGCUCAGACUGCAAAGUUUGACGGCAAGAAGAACUGCCAUAGAUGUGCCAAACCUGGACAUAGAAUUGAAAAUUGUCCCCUGUCAAAAGAUUUGUGGUUCUGCUACUACUGUCAGGAGAUAAGAUCUCAUAAAAGGGUUCAGGAGUCACAAGGAUAG